AUGCUAGUGUUGAGUGCCCAUGUGGUGUGCCUGACCUAUAGGUGCAGCAUCUUUCAUCCAUCUAGUCCAUAUCACAAGUACCAUUAUCCAGGAGACCUUAUGGUAGGUGGAAUUUCAUCUCAAGUUGGUCCAGUCUCUGAAGACAUAACCUUUAAAGAUCGUCCCUCAUCAGUAUUGCCUGGACAGUUUAUUGGCAUUCCAAAGAAUUACCAACACAUCCUGGCUUUGGCUUAUGCAAUAAAGGAGAUCAAUGAAAACCCGCAAAUCUUACCCAAUCUCACCCUGGGCUUCCAUAUUUAUGAUAGCUAUGACAAUGCUCAAAUGACCUAUCAGGCCACCAUGUUACUUCUAGCAGCAACUGAGAGACUGGUCCCCAACUACCUAUGUAACAUCCAUAAUAAAGUCAUAGCUGUUAUUGGAGGACUGGAUGCUGAAAUCUCUCUCUAUGUGGCAACUCUCUUGGAUAUGUAUAAGAUUCCACAGUUCAUUUAUGGCUCUGCUCCAAUAAUGAAUGAUAAAACUCCAGGCCUUUCCUUUUAUCAGAUGGUUCCUCCAGAAGAACUUCAAUAUAACGGGAUUGUCUCUCUGCUGCUGCAUUUUAACUGGACAUGGAUUGGGAUUUUUAUCAUGGACAAUGACCAGGGAGAAAAAUUUAUAGAAACAAUGAUUCCUCUUUUUUCCAAAAAUGGGGUUUGUGUUCCUUUCAUUUGCCGAAUCCCCAAAUUAACUGAUUUCAGUAGAAUUGAUGGUUUGCUUCAAAAGGCAGCCAAAAUCUAUGAUGUUAUCAUGGAUAGUAAGGCGAAUGCAGUGGUGUAUAAUGGAGAAUCUUUUGCAAUGGUUAAGUUGUUAUGGCUUCAGUAUAUUUCAAUUAUAGAAGAGGUGAAAAGUAAACCAAAAGGUAUUGUUUGGAUUAUGACAGCACAGAUGGAGUUCAGUUUAAUCCCUCUUCAACGUUCUUGGGAUCUCAAAAUAAUUGAUGGUGCCCUUUCCUUUACCAUGCAUUCCACUGCUCUACCAGACUUCAAAUCGUUUGCUAAGAAACAAAACCCCUUCAGUGCAAAUAAAGAUACGUUUAUUAAACAGUUCUGGCAAGAAGCCUUUGACUGUGUAUUCCCAGAUACAACUAUGAGUGAUAUAGAGGAGAAUAUUUGCAAUGGUAAAGAGAAUUUGGAGAGCCUUCCUGGGACUCUUUUUGAAAUGGAGAUGACUGGCCACAGCUACAGCAUCUACAAUGCUGUUCAUGCAAUAGCUCAUGCUUUACAUGCUCUGUCCUCCUUUAGAAAUACUGAGAGAUCAAUGAUUGGUAGAGUAGGAAGGAAGAUUCAUAGUCAAGACUUCUGGAAGGUAAUACCCAUCUCUGUUUGCAGUGAGAGCUGUUAUCCUGGUUCCAGCAAAAAGGUGAAGGAAGGAGAGGCAUUUUGCUGUUAUGACUGUCAGCCAUGCCCAGACGGGAGGGUUUCAAUUGAGAAUGACAGAAAUGAAUGUUCAAGAUGUGAAGACAACUUCUAUCCAAACAAGAAACACAGUUAUUGUAUUCCCAAAAGUAUUAGUUUCUUAACCUACAAAGAACCAUUGGGAAUCAGUUUAGCGUGUCUUGCACAGUCUUUAUCUUUGACUACUGUUCUUGUGCUUGGAGCAUUUAUAAGGCACCAUGAGACUCCCAUUGUGGUAGCCAACAACCGGGACCUGACUUACACUCUGCUCAUCGCCCUCCUGCUCUGCUUCCUUUCAGCGCUGCUAUUCAUUGGCAAACCAGGAAUGUUUACCUGUCUCCUAAGACAAACAACUUUUGGAAUGGUCUUCUCAGUGGCUGUUUCUUCUGUUUUGGCAAAAACCAUCACAGUGGUUCUGGCUUUUAUGGCCACCAAACCAGGAUCCAGGAUGAGAAAAUGGAUGGGGAAAAAAUUAACUAAUUGCAUUAUUGUUUCCUGCUCCCUGAUCCAAGCAGGCAUUUGUACUCUGUGGUUGUCAAUGAACCCCCCAUUCCCAGAUGUUGAUAGGACCUCAAUGACUGAAGAAAUUAUCCUGCAGUGUAAUGAAGGCUCUGCGACCAUGCUUUAUUGUGUCCUUGGCUAUAUGGGUUUCUUGGCUCUUGUCAGCUUCACUACAGCUUUUCUUGCCAGGAAGUUACCAGAUAGUUUCAAUGAAGCCAAAUUCAUCACCUUUAGCAUGUUGGUCUUUUGUAGUGUUUGGUUGUCCUUUGUCCCAGCAUACCUGAGCUCCAAAGGGAAAUACAUGGUAGCUGUGGAGAUCUUUUCCAUCUUGACUUCUAGUGCUGGGCUUUUGGGUUGCAUCUUUUUCCCCAAAUGUUAUAUCAUUGUGUUUCGACCUGACCUGAACAACAGGGAGCAACUAAUGAGAAAAAGGACUGAUUAA